GCUGAUGGAUCUAACGUCAUUUGGGCUUUAGGCUCAAAUGUAAAUAAAGAAGAAAUAUAAAAUAAAGACAAUUAUAUAUCAGAAAGAGAGGAAGAAUAUGGUGUGGAGUUCUACUAGUUCGAUUGAGUAGUGUCAAUCUUUAGUUUAAUGGAAUAAAUAACGUAAAAUAAACGUAUAAAUCAUAGAAAAAUAGCAUUUAAUAAUGGAUUUUGAAAGUCCAGAUGUAGAGAAAGAAUUUCCUGGACUCUAUGCAUCAGAAUCUGCAAGAAAAAGUAAUGAAAGUGAUUUCAGCGACGAAGGAGUUCAUGAUAAACAUUCGAAAAAAGAAUUAUUAGGUGGAAAAAAGAAAGAUAAAAAGGAUAGAAAAGAUCGAGGUUAUGCUACUCUAGAAGGCGAGAGUUCACCCGAUGAAGAUCAAGAGACUAAAAGCCCUUCGAAGAGUAAAAAAACAAAAACUUUCAAGUUUCCAUCAAAGAAACGAGAAAAAUCUAGAGAAAAAGAUGGAAAAGACAAAGAAACUGAUAAAGACAAAGAGAAAAAGAAACGUGAUAAAGAUGAAAAACAUAAAGAUGAUAAAGAAGAUAAAGAUAAACGAAAAGAAAAAGACCGGGAUAAAGAUAAGGAUAAAAUUAAGAUUAAAUUGAAAGAAAAAAAGAAAGGUAAACAUGUGGAAGAGGGCAUUGAUAUUGGAGAAGCUCAACCAAUUUUUGGAGUCAGCCUUCAUCUUGCUGUUGAGAGAAGUCGAUGUCAUGAUGGAGUAGAGCUACCUUUAGUUGUUCGUAACUGUAUCGAUUAUUUAGAGGAAUUUGGUAUGACUACCGAAGGUUUAUAUAAAGUUCCAGGUGUUAAAUCGAAAGUUCAACAUCUGAAAAAGCUUUACAAUCAACGAGAAACAGUGAAUAUUUUUGAGUUUGAUCCAACUAUUGCUACAAGUCUUUUAGUUUUAUUUUUCAAAGAAUUACCAGAGCCAGUACUGGAUAGUAGUGAGAUGGUAUCAAAAUUUGAACAAGCAGCAUCAACAAAAGAUGUAGCACAAAGAGAAUAUCAGCUAUCUCAGUUAGUUCUUCAACUUCCAGAGUGCAAUCAAACACUUUUAGCGUGGGUUACAUUGCAUUUAGAUCACGUAACGAGUAGAGAAAAAACAACCAAGAUGAAUGCGCAAGCAAUUGCGAUGACAUUGAGUCCAGUUUUGCAAAUGAGUCAUAGACUGCUUUUGGCGCUUUUAUGCCACUGUAAAGCUCUGUUUCCAGAACUUAAAUUAACAAAAUAUAUUCCUCCAUUACCUUCAGGUAGUACCAACUUGCCUGAUGAUGUUGAUAGCAUUGCUAGAGAGUUAGCCAAACAAGAAUCACUCUUAUCUCAAAUUCAUAUGCAAAUGAAUGAUGGAUUUGUUACUAAAGCAAGAGAAGAACAAUUAUGGGAAGUGCAGAGACUUAUUACUCAGUUAAAACGAAAAUAUAAGACUGUACAAAAACUUGAAGGACAAGCGCAAAAAAGUUUAGAUGAAGAAGUUAAAGGUAACGACGAAAAUCAAGUAAUUGAUCAAUCAAGACGUCUAUCAGGUUCAAUCGCCAAAUCAGAUAAUGUAAAAAAUAUUGAAGAAAUGAAAGUAAAACCAGAAAAGCAUGAUUUACAUAUUGAUGGAAGUGAUAAAAAAUCAUUCACAACUGGCAAAGAUAAUGUUGAUGGAUUAGAUAUUAGUUCUGAAAUAAAAGCUGAAGAAUCUGAAAAUAAACCACUAGAAAAAGAAGAUUCAAUGGAAAGAUUAAGAGAAAGUUUAAUUUAUGAAGAAUUAAUUAAUAUGGAAGCAUUACUAAGAACGCGAAUUAUGCAAGAAAAAAAUGAAAUAAAACGAUUGAAUGACUUAAUUUUUGAAAAAGGAUCUGAAACAUUGAGGCCAAAAGAAACACGAAUUUAUUCACCAAAUGAAGCAGAAAUUACAGCAAUGAUUCAAUUAGCUAAAGAAAAUCAACUACUUGAGAAAAAAAUGAUGACACUCAUAAAAAGUAUUAUAGAAGAAAAAGAUGCUUGUGUAGAGUUAAGAGUUCAACUAGCUAUUCAUCAACUAAUGGCGCAAAAAAAUGUUUAAAGAGUUCAUUCAAAUAUUUGCAUUUUCGUGUGUAUAUUAUGAAUGCUAAUCAAUGUUAAUAAUAGACUAAUUAUUUAAAUUGCAAUAAACCUAAUUUUUGUAUAAAAGACUAA